GAACCCACCAAAAUGUAACGAACGUAUUUGCAGCUUUCUAGCAUGUAAGAGCCUUAGGUACCAUGAACCGCAUGAACCGCCCUGUAGACGUUGCUCGGGAGUUUGAGGCAGUAGAGAGGGACAUAGCAAAGACCACGUCCGACAUAGACAAGGUCGAGAAGGAAAUCGAGAAGAAGCAAGCGCGGCAAGACGACCUCGUGUCUCGCGUGGAAAAGAUCCGCCAGGACCUCAGCGACGUGCAGGCGCAGCUCCUCAAGCCAGCUCUCAACGAGGAGGAUAAAGCGCGGCGGCGCCUUCUCGAGCAGCAGCUAUGUGACGAGCGGCAGUUUUGCCGCGACGAGCUGGUUGCUGCGCGCAGCGAGAAGGAGCAGCUGCGCAGCGAGAAGGAGCAGCUGCGCAACAAGAAGGAGCAGCUGCGCAACAAGGAGGCGCAGCUGCGCAAAGAGAAGGAGCAGCUGCGACUCUUGGAGCAAGCGCACCCGAACGCCGGGGGCGCUGACCUCGUACGGUCCCAGCUGCAGGCGCAGCUCGAUGCGCUGCCAAGCCCCUCGGACAUGGCCCACAGCGAGGUCUGGUCGCAGCAUCACGACUUCUUCCAGUGCUUUCGGCCAGCCGAUGGCAAGGGCCCGACCCGGGCUCUGCCGAUUGCGCUGUACGACCCAGUGCUGGACCAGCUGGUGGCGAUGUUCCACGCGGCGAUGCGGGGCGUCGGCAGCGAUGGCGGCAGUAGCGGCAUCAGCAGCAGCAGUGGCGGUGGCAGCAGCGGUGGUGGUGCUGACGACGUGGCCCCGUCACAAGUGGACUUCGUGCUGGCGAGAAGCCUGUGCGAGACCAUGGCCCGGAGCUUUGGCAACGAGACGGAGCGCAUGGAUGAGUUCUCUGCCCUGCUCGAAGGCUACCUCGGCGAGCCGAUUGACGCCCACCAUCCCAUUCGCACCGUGAAGUUCGAGACCGACGGGAGCCUGCGCUGCUGCGUCGGCACCGGGCCGGCGGCUUCGAUGUGGCUGCCGAUGUACAUCCAGGGGGUCAAGAACGAGAUCGGCGAAUCAGGAGACCCCUACAUUCAGGGCCAGCGCUACUACCAAUGUUACGUGGCGGAUCCGAAGCUGGCCGCGCAGGUGCGGCACACGGUGCUGCCGGCGCUGAUGCUGGAGCUGGCGGGGCCGCACCUGCGCGUGUCGGCGCUGGCGUCACCGCGCGACGUGACCGUGGUGUGCGAGCCGCUGACGCCCUACCUGCACCUGUUCAGCAUGGAGCGCUGCGAUCCCGACCACAUGGACCGCCUGGCGCUGGUGCUGCGCGCCAUCAAGGACGGCUUCGGGCUGCUGAAGGACUCGUGCCGCCGCCUCGUGCAGCAGCCGCAGCCCCCUGCCGCCUCGCCCACGGCGGAGUGCUCGGCCUCGGCUGCGUCGGCUUCGGCUUUGGCGUCGCCGUCAGCUUCAGAGGAGCAGGCGCAGAAGAAAGCGCGGCGCGGGGUGGUGCCGCCGGUGCGCGACCUGUCCCUGCAGCUGCCCUACCCGCUGCGCCCAGGGACGGGCUUCAUGGACGUGCGGGCCAUUGGGCCUGGCGUGUACAAGCCGCUGUACUCCGCCAAGCACGGCGGCAGGGCCGUGGCCGUCAAGUUCACGCGCAUGAGCCCGGACGCGGUCCGCGUGCAGCGCGCCUGGGCGGCGGCGGGCCUGGCGCCGGCGCUGGUGCUGGAGGAGGCGCGGCCGCUGCCGUGCGGCAUGACCAUGCUGGUGAUGGAGUGGCUGGCGGCCGAGGACGGCUGGGUCAUGUUCUGGAGCCUGCCGCCGGACCAGAAGCGGCGGCUGCACGGCGAGGUGGUGGCGGCGCUGCGCCGGGCGCACGAGGUGAUGGUGGACGACGGCCGCGGUGGGCGGCUGCCGGGCGUGCACGCCGACCUGCGGCAGGCCAACGUGAUGGUGCGGGGCGCUGCGGCGGCGGCCUCGGGCAGCGGCGGCUGCACUGGUGGCGGCGGCGAGGACGCGGCGGCGGGCAGCGGCGCAGGCGGCAGCAGCAUCAGCGGCGGGGCGCAGGUGCAGGUCCAGUUCGUGGACUUCGAAUGGGCCGGCCUGCAGGGCCGCACGCGGCUGCCGCGCUCCAUCUGCCAGCGCCUGCCGGGGUACGGGGGCGGCGGCCAGGUGACGCAGGAGUACGACCGGGCGCUGUGGGAGCACGAGCGGGUGCAAGGGCCCCUGUGAUGCUGCGACAGGGCGUGCAUGCAUGGCGGCGCCGACCACAUGGCGGUGCAAGAGCCGAGUGAAGCCGUUGCAGCAGUGGCAGCCGAGCGACGCCGCGGCGGCAGUGGCAGUUGAGCGACGUCGCGGCGGCAGUGGCAGCCGAGUGACGCCGCGGCGGCAGUGGCGGCUGAGUGACGCCGCGGCGGCAGUGGCAGCCGAUCGACGCCACGGCGGCAGUAGCAGCACAGCGACGCCUGGGCGGCAGUGGCAGGCGAGUGACGCCGCGGCGGCAGUAGCAGCCGAGCGACGCCGCGGCGGCAGUAGCAGCCGAGUGACGGCGCGGCGGCAGUAGCAGCCGAGUGACGGCGCGGCGGCCGUGGCAGAUGAGUGACGCCGCGGCGACAGUAGCAGCCGGGUGACGCCGCGGCGGCAGUAGCAGCCGAGUGAUGCCGCCGCGGCAGUAGCGGCCGAGCGAUGCCGCGGCGGCAGUAGCAGCCGGGACCGCAGAGAGAGGAUAUAGGUCGCGUGAGAGAGCGGCUGACGCCGUCUCCAUUCCGAUCCUAGACAGGUAGUCUUUGACCGCCCUAUGUGAGGGAAUCAGAGCCAACAUGUAGCCAGGUCUUGAUUGUCUAGUGAUGAUGAUGAUGAUGAUGAUGAUGAUGAUGAUGUGUUACAGGAUUGGAAGUGUGCGUUCCUUCUCCCAGUAACGAGACUAACCGAGCCAGUUAUACGGACGCGAAGGGCUGAUUGCUGCGUCCAGGGGAGUCACAGGAAGUGGAGUCCAGUGGCUGGGUGGAGACGGGGAAACGGAGCGCCCGUAGGAACAGGAGGGGUGUUGCAGGAGAUAGGGCUCCCCGGCCCGGGCCAAUGGUCCUACAAGGAAAGGAUAGCGCGCACGAUCGUGCACACCACCUUGUAACCAAACACACACAGGGUUCCAAGGAGGACCGGGGGAAUCACUAAAAGCUGUCUGGAGUCUGGGGGAUCGUAGUCGAUGUCUUGUGAUAAUACCCAAGGAUGGAGUCCAGGCUGUUGGGCGGGGACUCUGACUGCUGACGGAGAAGUUGGGCGCGUGUCGAGCACAAGUGCGGACGAGGCGGCACGACGUAGGCUGGGAGCGCGGAGUCGCUGGGAAUCCAAUACCAGGCUGAUAAUAGGUUAGCUUGACAGUACCGAUGCACUGUACCUUAGUAAAGAACACCUGAUACGUAGUAGUCGUGGACCGGGACAAGGGGUGUCAGCUUUGGAACAGCUGUGGAAAUGGGCUGAGCCCCUACACAGCAAGGGACGUGACGUUUAGCAUGGGUGGCAUUGACGGGCCCAGUCGCCAUGCAACCUAGAACGGGCUAGCAGUUGACGUAGUUGGCAUUGAGUAGUACAGUCGAACACGCCUAACUUCGUUGCGCAAAGUAAGUUUCCCGGCGUUAUAAGGGCCCACCGGCCCGGGCCACUGGUACUUACGGGGACAGGAUAGCACGCAUGCUCGUGCACACCACCUUGUAACCAACAACAACA